UCGUAACAAAAUAUUGAAAAUACAAUAUGUCGCUGUUGGUUCGUGGUUGUGUAGUUCGUGUAUUUUAUUAUAACUGCAACUUUGUGACAGCAAAAUUAUAUAAACGUACAAGUUAUUUACUUCCGGCUUUAAAGAAAUCAACACUUCGAAAUAAAAAUGACCCAAAUCCACUUUCAAGUCAUGAAGAUCAGGCUCGUGGACAACCAGUUUCUUUUGAAAACAUGGUGGAUAGCCGACGGAAUGAAGCAUUUAGGAGCAUUCUUGUCCAAGUACAGUCGGAGCAAUCCUGUUGUGAUCUUCAUAAAUACUGUAGUCAGUAUGGCGAGGUGAAAGGAAUGCACCACUAUAGUCUUCCAGGCUCUUUGCACUUUGUUGUGGUAGAAUUCACACACAGAUCUAGUGUGGAUCACAUCCUAAGUGUUAGUUGUUACGUAAAUAAGACAGAAGUGAUCCCUGUGUGGUCCCCGUUCUUGUGGUUUCGUGCUCCAAAGAAGGCUCUGCAGCCAAAAGGCAGCGCAUCACAACUGCCUUCAUUGGUGGAAACAAAUGGAAACAGUACACCCACUCCAGUGGAACUCAAGAGCUGGAUGCAGGCAGCAGAGUCAUUUUCAGACCAGAUACUGAUCCUUCAUCGAGCUACUUCAUUGAGUGACCUGGGUUCAAGGCUUCGUUUCCUGACAGCACGACAGAUUGAGCUUGCUCUUAGUGGACUGUUUCCACAAGUAACAGUUCUGCCAUUUGGAUCCUCUGUCAAUGGAUUUGGCAAGACGGCCUGCGAUUUGGAUCUUGUUCUCUUGGCAGGCAAAAGGCAGACUGCUGUAAGAUUCUGAAUAUUACUUCUG